GCCAGGCAUGGGAAGGUUGGGGCAAAGCAGUCCUGUGAGCCUGGAGGGUUGAAAGCAGUGGUAAGGGGUUGGGAUCCCAUGGAACAGCUGCUAUAAGGAGUUAGGAUGCUGUAGAGGGCUGGAAGGAUUAGAACUCAAGUUUCUGGAAGGGUUGGUGCUGGUUAGCGAAAAGGAAGCAUUGGUGCUGGGUAGCGGGUGCCCUAGGAAAUAGAGGUGUAAAGGGAGGGAGCAAAGGGACACAUUUCUGGCAGCAGCUCUUGGGAAUCAGGACCAAGGAACAAUUGAGACAUUGGGAUAAUGGGGUGGAAAUGGUUGGGGAGCAGGAAAUUUGGGGGAACUGGUAGCAAGGAGUGCUAUGGGCAGUGAGAGGGGAGGAGAGAACACAAGUAGUGGUUUCUCCUCGGGUCCCAAGAGGUGUGGAAGGGUGAGAGCAGCUGGAGGAAGGGGUGUGAGGGUCAUAGUGAUUGGCUGGGCAAGUUGUCUCUCUGUGCCCUUCCUCGUCUCUUUGAGUGCCCCCUCCCUCAGCUGUCAGACCUCGUGCCUUUUCCCCUUCUGCACUGUCUGUGGGCCUGCCUCUGUCAGUAAGAGGCAGGUCCAGGGAACUUCCCCUCUGUCUUGAGUCUUCCCUUUCUGGGACAUGGAGUUAGCUGCUCUGGAUUUUAGGAGUCCCUUUGAUCAUGAAUGUCUGGCUGUGUACAUUCCCAGUAGAUAUAGGAUCAGUUACAUCCCUCAUAAGAAGAGUGUCCUGCACCUUUGAGCAUCUGGUGAGCUGGCGCCAAGAUUUUACUGAUUUAAAAUGGGCUGGGGUUGAAAUAACAGAAGUUUUUUUGUGUGUGACAUAAGUCCCAUUAAUUCACCGAAUCUCACUUGUCUUCUUUCCCCCUGAGCAGGGUUUCCAAUUUCCAAACCUGAUGUCACCUUGCAGUUGGAACAAGGGGAAGAGCUGUUGUCCCCAGAUCUCCAGGGCUCAGAGGAAAGAGAGAUCCUGAGAGGCAUCUGCACAGCAGGUGCUAGACAGGGGAGUGAGACCAUGGAGCAGACUCCUCAGCAGGAAAAUGAUGAGGAAGUGGAACCACAUGGUGCAUUAUUGCAAAGAUGCAAACGGAGUGUGUCCAGAAGUUGUGAUCAGGGAAAAGCGGGUGAGAGUCAGCACAUUCCAGAGAGGUGGCAGGGAAACCAGCCAACACAGAAAGAUGGUCAAUCUGUUUAUUAUCAGGGAACUCAUAACGGUCUCAAGGAAACCACGGCCCAGCAGAGAAUCCCCAGGAGAGAGCGAAAGAACACGUGUGUUGAGUGUGGGAAAAAGUUCAGUAGGUGCUCACACCUUAUUAGACAUCAGAGAAUCCACACAGGGGAGCGACCCUAUGAAUGCUGUGAGUGUGGGAAAACCUUUGCUCGGAUCUCAACCCUUAAUAAUCAUCAGAGGAUCCACACAGGGGAGAAACCCUAUGGAUGCUGUAAGUGUGGGAAAACCUUCACUGAGCGCUCAAACCUUAUUCAACAUCAGAGGAUCCACACAGGGGAGAAACCCUAUGAAUGUCAUGAGUGUGGGAAAACCUUCACGCUCAGCUCUCAUCUUAUUAGACAUCAGAGAAUCCACAAAGGGGACAGACCCCAUGAAUGCUGUAAGUGCGGAAAAACCUUCACUGAGCGCUCAAACCUUGUUCAACAUCAGAGGAUCCACGCAGGGGAGAAACCCUAUGAAUGUUGUGAGUGUGGGAAAACCUUCACGCGGUGCUCAACCCUUAUUAAACAUCAGAGAAUCCACAGAGGGGAGCGGCCCUAUGAAUGCUGCCAGUGUGGGAAAACUUUCACUCGGCGCUCACACCUUAUUAGACAUCAGAGGAUCCACACAGGAGAGAGACCCUACGAAUGCUCCAAGUGUGGGAAAUUCUUCCGUCAGAGCUCAGCCCUUAUUUGUCAUCAGAGAAUCUGCAAGGGAGUUAAAGACCAUAAAAACAUUGUCUAGGGCUAAGAAAAGAUUUUAUUUUCCAUUUGCUAAUUCCCACAUACUGAACUUUAAAGAAGCAUUUGUGUCACUGUGGUCUCUCAACUCCCCCACCUGAGUUGUCUGCUUUUCCCUUUUGCAGCUCACCUUUCCUUGGGAUGAAUCCCACACUCUUUUUCAUCUGCUUUGUGCUAUGUCAUGGAGGUGUGUGUCCCUCCAAUAGGAAUGUCCAUCAGCCCCAGGUGGGGGAACUAGAAGUGACUUCAACUAGGUACAUGGAGGUUAAAUUUACCUGGACCUUGACUCCACUAGGAUUUUCCAUGGAGUUAGCUAGCUUGAGUUCACUAUCCUGAUAUAAAAACUAGGGCUGUGAAGCAAUUAAAAAAAAUUAAUCGCACUUAAUUGUGCAAUUAAAAAAAAUUACGAUUAAUUGCAUUUUUAAUCACACUGUUAAGCAAUAAUAGAAUACCAUGCAAUCAUUCCAGACAAAUCCUGCAACCCCAAGUCAGCUGGCCUGGGCUAGCCACAUAUUUUAAUUGCAAUGUAUACAUAUCCUUAGUGUCAAAAUCGCAGCUUUCCUAUCAGGGAAUCAUGCCCCAGUCUCUCCUGUGACAAGUGGGCAUAUCAUGAUACUCAUGUGGUAGGAACUUGCUGCUUCCCCUGCACAGGGACCUAGGAAAACAGCCUGGGCAGCGACUUGGCCAGAUGUGGUUACCAGGAGAUCCAACUAGGUGGGAGUUGUUCUGGGGCUCUGCAGGGGGAGGUUUAGCUGGGAGAAGGGGCAGAUUAAGAGAGUUUGUCACUGAUGUACAGGGGCGUUUGUCAGCAGGAGGCUUGACAGCUUGGGGUGACAGUGGGGUCUGAGCUGAGGCAGCAGCAGCAAGGAGGCAAUGUGGGGGUCUUGUCACUUGGGAAAAAUGAAACUGCAAAACCUCUCCCUGUGCUGCAGCAAAAGCUUCUCAUUUAUCCCCUAAACCCUCUUCAUGUAAAUCUCCAUCCCGCCCUAGCACUCAGAAACCCAUUCAUUCCCAUGCAAAUUUUUAAUUUUUCUUACUUUUCCUUGGCUUUGUACAAACAUUUUCCCCAUCAAAAUGAUCAAGGACAUUUAAAAUGAGAAAAACAAAACCAAAGAAACCCCCACCAAUCUCCCAGCUACACACUGCUUGGGUCUGAAUUUUUUUACUGAAAUUUUAAGGCAAUAAAACUCAGACCUCUGUUGGCCAGAAAACAAACAUCAUUCUCCCAUGCUGCACCUAAGGCCUUGUCUAGAGAGGUGUACACUUUUGUGUACAAAGCCACUUUUGGCGAUGGAACUCCUCAGUUUCAGCGAUAUAAUAAAACCACUUCUAUGAGA